GUCGGCUUUUACACGUUCAAGAGACUGCAAGAUGCCAGCUACACCUUCGUCCAAGACUCGCAAGAUCGGCAACGACGAUGUGACCGCCAUUGGCUAUGGAGCAAUGGGCAUCGCCGCAUUCUAUGGCAGCAUCCAGCCCGACGAGGAGCGCCUCGAGAUGUUGGACGCGCUCUAUGCCAGAGGCUGCACCAACUGGGACACUUCGAACGCCUACGGAGAUUCCGAGGUGUUGUUAAGCAAAUGGUUCAAGAGGACCGGGAAGCGUGAUGAGAUCUUCCUUGCUACCAAGUUUGGCAUCACGGGAAAUCCUCAGAGACUUGUCAAUGGCGAGCCUGAAUACGUGAAACAGUGCAUCGAGAAAUCCUUAGAUCGCUUAGGAGUGAACUGCGUGGACUUGUAUUAUCUUCACCGCCCUGACCCGACUGUUCCUAUCGAGAAGACUGUCGGGGCAAUGGCCGAGCUUGUUCAGGCUGGCAAAGUCCGCUACCUUGGGCUCUCGGAGUGUACUGCCAAUGACAUCCGCCGUGCACACGCCGUGCACCCUAUCUCGGCGAUCCAGGUGGAAUACUCGCUCUUCGAGAUUGACAUCGAGAGCGCGCAGACUGGCAUUCUGAGUACCGCGCGAGAACUGGGCAUCGCCGUCGUCGCGUACUCGCCGCUCGGCAGAGGUCUCCUGACCGGCCAAUACAAAUCGCCUGACGACUUCGAGCCUGGCGACUUUAGGCUCACUGUGCCCAGGUUCUCGAAGGAGAACUUCCCGAGGAUCCUAGAGCUCGUCGACACGGUCGGUGCGAUCGGCAAGAAGUACAAUGCGACGCCCGGUCAGGUCGCACUCGCGUGGCUGCUCGCACAGGGCGACGACAUCAUCCCUAUCCCGGGUACGAGGAAAAUCAAGUACCUCGAGGAGAAUCUCGGAGCCCUUGACCUCAAGCUGGCAGACGAGGACAUACAGCAGAUCCGCAAGCUCUGCGAGAACGUCAAGCUAGGCGACCGCUACGACUCUACGCGGAUCAAGCUGGUCAUGCAAGACACGGUUCCGCUGUAAGACGGGUGAGACUUACUGAACCUGCCAUAUCUACUAAGUCAAAACAUAUUCGCUUGUAAUGCCGCUGUGGAGUAAAAUGAGACAUAUGCGAAGUUAAUUUCUAG